GGGGCUGUCAGUGGGCAAACAGCCGGAAACUCCGGGGAGGCUGACGCGGUGACAGCCCGAGCGCCGCGCGCUGACAGAACGAGCGAGCGAGCGGCGCGGCGCGGUCCGGGCUGGCCGACACGGCGGGGCGGGACACCUGCGCUCCCCGAGCCGUGUCACGAUGCUUGGGUGUGAAAGCUCACUUGGCGCUGUUCAACUCUCAGUUCAGGCUCGGUUUGACGGCGGACAGCGUGGCAUCAAAGCCGCGCGGACCGGAGCGCCAAAGCAGCUGCGCCGACCCCUCUGUUACCGUAACUCUGUUGCGGAAACAUUUCUGCUGAGGGCUGUGCGUGUUUUUCCUUCUCUCAAGCAGUUUCGGUUGAGCCGCAUUUCUAGCGACACAAAGUCCAAAAUAAACUAAAGCCACAGACAGAGCUGUGUGGACCGCCGCCAAACACUUAGUGAAAGUGGUAGAAAAAAAGUUUGGGGCUGCUUGUUUUUCUCAUUAUUUACCAGCAGUCAGUUUUGGGUGUCAUGCUUCUAUUCUCGGACGUGGCCGCUUAUAGACUUCAGUCUUGACAUUGAGUUAAAAAUACUCGUCAUAAAUCCUCCCGCGUGUGUUAAAGUCAGUUUUGCCCCUGGGGUGAAGCGAGUUUCAGUUUUUGCCUCUUGUGUGGAGCAGAAGUGACCCAGAAAUGCGGCGGCGCGCGCGUUUGCGCGGAGACGCACAAACUUUAGCGCUUAUUUUGAAGGCUGCUUUUCCAAGGACAUGAUGUUAAAGAUCAAACCUGAAAGUUGUUUUUAUUAUAUCAUUUCAUUUAUUUUUUGAUUUUCCUGUAAAUAUGAUACAAAUGCAUCAUAUUAAUUUCAUUAAAAAAAAACUCACGUGCAACGUUAAAUUAAAAUAUCUGUAUUCUAAUUACUUUUACCCUUUAAAAAAGUGAUUCGUUUUACCACAGUUAAUUUUUAUCAGUUUCUACUAAAUCCGUUCACUUAAAAAAAAAAUAAAGUAAACAUAUGAAAUACUUUCACGCAUGAAAACUUUAGGAAAGGUGAAGAGCAGAAAUGAUUCCAAACUUAAAUGUCUCGUGUUGGUUGUUUAAUAAAUGGCGCCUCCUUCUGGUGACUUUCUUGUCUGCCAUCUUUACCAGAAUCAGAGAAAACUUGACAAAAUGGCUUGCGCAGCUGACAGCUGCAUACAGUUCACGCGCCAUGCAAGUGAUGUUCUGCUCAACCUGAAUCGUCUGCGCAGCAGAGACAUUCUCACAGAUGUCACCAUCCUGGUGAACAGACAGCAGUUUCGCGCACACAAGACUGUUCUCAUGGCUUGCAGUGGGCUGUUUUACACCAUCUUUACAGACUCCCACAAGUGCAACCUUAAUGCCAUCAGUCUGGACCCAAAGGUGGACCCGGAGGGCUUUGCCAUCCUGCUGGAGUUCAUGUACACGUCCCGGCUCACGUUGAAGGAGAGCCUGAUCAUGGCUAUCAUGAAUACAGCCAUCUACUUACAGAUGGACCAUGUUGUGGACACCUGCCACAGAUUUAUCAAAUCUAGUGAUCCAGCUGCCAAGCUGCCGAGAGACGAGUUCCUGAUCAGUCCCUUGGUUUUACCUCAGGAUGUCCAUGCCUACCGGCCCCACGACGUCGUUGACAGCUUGCACGGCCGCAUGGCCCCCUUCAGGGACGGACGACCCUACGGCGCAAACAUGUUUGGCGGGGUCAGCACCCCCACUAACUACCAUCUCUACGGGCAGUUUCCCAUGCCAGGAUUCCCCUUCCCCCUCUGCAAGCUGACGGAUACCAAAAACACUUUUGCUGACCUCUCGAAGGCUGGCAUCCACCACAAGAACUGUUCUCCGCACGACAGCACCAGCAGCAUCAGGGCAGAUUACUCCAGGGCUUUUGGCACCAGCAUCAUUCACUCCACCACCUACGCUUCCAGGGAGAUAGGGAGAGACGAUGACAUCAGGAAGGAGAGCCACGAGGGUGUGGCCCACUCAGUGGGGCUCAGCUCCAGGAAGCGCGCUUUCCCAGUGCUGAACCUCGAGCACCAGAAAGACUCGGGCAAAGAGCACGCUCCCCGGGCUGAUGAAGACCUCCUCCAUCAGCACUACCCCCUGGGCAUCUCCUCCGCUGGACGCAAGAGUCUGGUAAGCAGCCCGCAGAGCCCCCUCAAAUCAGACUGCCAGCCCAACUCCCCGACUGAGUCCAGCAGCAGCAAGAACGCUGGUCUCUCCCACGCCGGCGGGGUGCAACCCCCACAGGGCACGCCCGACCCCAAAGCUCGCAACUGGAAGAAGUACAAGUUCAUAGUGCUGAACCAAAGUGCCAGGGAGAGCGAGGUGGGACUGAGGGAUCCAGGGCUUCACUCACCCCAGCGUCUGGGCCUGCAACCGUACCACCACCCCAGCGACUCGGAGAACCUCGACCCUCAAAGCAGGAGCAAAAGCAGCGGCCACAGCGAGGACCUGCCAACGCCGCAGGCCAGCCGCCUCAACAACAUCAUCAACGGUUCACUCGAGGGUUCGGUGAGGGGAGCAGAUCCUCCACACUACCUGAACCGCCUCAGCUGCUCCACCUGCGGCUCCCAGUCGCCUCAGCACUCGGAGGUCUGUCCCCACGCCUCCAGGACCCGCCUGUCAGAAGACAUGUCGGAGCUCCACUCCGAAUACUCGGACUCCAGCUGUGAAAACGGUACGUUCUUCUGUAACGAAUGUGACUCCAAGUUUGCGGAGGACGAAGCGCUGAAACAGCACAUGCUCCAAGUACACAGCGACAAGCCAUACAAGUGCGACCGCUGUCAGGCCGCGUUCAGAUACAAAGGCAACCUGGCCAGCCACAAGACCGUCCACACAGGUAAAACUAAAGGAGAGAAGCCGUACCGCUGUAAUAUCUGUGGUGCUCAGUUUAACCGACCAGCAAACCUCAAGACUCACACCCGCAUUCACUCAGGAGAGAAGCCAUACAAAUGUGAGACGUGUGGAGCUCGUUUUGUGCAGGUUGCUCACCUUCGUGCCCAUGUGUUGAUCCACACGGGCGAGAAGCCAUAUCCCUGUGAGAUCUGUGGAACGCGGUUCCGUCACCUGCAGACGCUGAAGAGCCACCUGCGCAUACACACCGGGGAGAAGCCCUACCAUUGUGAAAAAUGCAACUUGCACUUCCGCCACAAGAGCCAGCUCCGCCUGCACCUGCGGCAGAAGCACGGCGCCAUCACCAACACCAAGAUCCAGUACCGCAUGUCCACGGCCGACGUGCCCACCGACCUGAGCAAGGCGUGCUGAGAAAGCAAUCCGGACUUAUAUGGAUUCCAACCUGUACAAUCAUCCAAAAUUGUAGCACCGCACUGUGUUCAUUAGACAAUAAAUUUGGCUGCGUAUGCCACUCUAAACGGGUUUCCACUACAUGUGAACGUAGAGCCACUCGUGGCAUCUUAGUCACUUUAUUGUUUCUAUAUAGAUAUAAAUAUAGAGCUCUAUGUGGGGGCGUUUUUAAGCUUUGAAGGGAUGCAGAUAAAGCUUUAUUUUGUCGAGAAGGAUGGAAUGUAAACCUGUUUUUUGAAAAAUACAGUAUUUUAUAUCAGAGAACUUACUUUUCUGAAAGUAUUGAACAUUUUGAUUGACGGGUGGUACAUAUAUUUUAAGAUAACGGGCUCUGCGGCUGUGUAAAGUUGUGGAUACGUGUUUUUAUGCAGAUGUACAGACGGGCCGCUUCCUGUGCACCAGUGCAGAGAAGCUUGAUAGUGGAUCUGAUACUAAGCAUAGACUGUUGCUAUCCGAUGAGGGUCUCCCUCCUGUUGUCAUGAAGUGGGCAACUGGGUAAAUAUUGUGACAUAUCGUGUUGUUCUGUGUGUGGGAUUGCUCUCUGCUGGCAGAGCCAAUCCAAGUGUUGAAUUUGCAUUUCAAGGUACUGCUUUGUAAUGACCAAGAAAACCUUUUGUUGGUUUUUUGUUUUUGGACGUAUUUGUAUAAAUGUGACUUUUGGUUUACUUGUUUUUUUCUUAAGUGGACGUUUACAGUUUUUGCUCUUCGUUGUAGAUCCUGCAGUAACGUCGUGUCGAUGUUUUGGGUUUUUGUUUGUAGAUACACUGUGUAUUCGAUGUGCCUUUCUCUAUGGUGACUGAAUUCCUCCCCAUUCAGCCCAGCUCUGUUAAGGUACGACUGAAGGACGCCACUCGUCCUCCAACUCUGUGCAGAAGAGAGCGCGCGUGUGUAAAUAUUUCUAAAUGCUUGUCAGUAACCUUAAAACAUGCAACUCCCAUCAGUGUAAAUCUUCAGGACUUGACUUUUGGAUUUGUUUUUUUGUAAGCUGCAUUAAAAUUAUUGUACGUUCUAGAUGUAUGAAUGUAAAAUAAAGGUACUGGAUUUCUAUGUAUUAAACUGGAAAACCUGCUUGUCA